AUGCUGUGUGCACUGCCUCUGCUCUUGCUCGCCUGCGUGGCUGUCGACGCGUGCACCGUCAUCGCCGUGACCAAGGGCGCGUCUGCCGACGGCGCGUCGUUGACAGCGCACACGGACGACACGGGCGGCGGCGCUGUGGAUCUCCGCGUGGCGCAUGUGCCGGCCAAGGACCAUGCGCCGAACGCAAGCCGCCCCGUGUACGACUACACGGCAGGGUACCCUCGCCUUGUCGCCCAUGAGCGCGGACCGCACUACGCACCCACCGAGGGCCAAUCGCCCAUGGUGCCAUUAGGAUUUAUCCCGCAGGUGGCGCACACGUAUGCGUACUUUGACCAAGUGUACGGCCUCAUGAACGAAGCGCAGCUCAGCAUUGCAGAGAGCACGUGCUCGGCCCGCACGGUGGGCUGGCCCGCGAGCAAGCCGUACGGCUACAACCUCUUCAGCAUCGCCGAGCUCUCCAAGCUCGCGCUCGAGCGCUGCGACAGCGCGCGCUGUGCCAUCCACACCAUGGGCGAUGCGGCUGUCCAAUAUGGAUUUUACAGCACGGACAGUGGCGAGCCGUCGGCGCCAGGGUACGACGACUCGUCCGAAACCCUCGUCAUCGCCGACAAGUACGGCGAGACGUGGGUCUUCCACGUCCUCACGGGACCACAGAACGCCAGCGCGGUUUGGGCGGCGCAGCGUGUGCCGGACGGUCACGUGACGGCGGUGGCGAAUUUUUUUACGAUCCGGACGCUCAACCUCUCGGACAGCGACACGUUCUUGGCGUCACCGAACGUCGAGUCGUUUGCGCAAGAGAUGGGGUGGUGGCACCCAACGGACGGUCCGCUUGACUUUACAAAGGCGUACGCACAGCCCGUGGACGGUCCCGUCGUGCCUCUCUACGGCGGCCGGCGUCUCUGGCGCAUCUUUGAUACGUUCGCGCCGUCGCUUGGUCUCGACCCGACGCUCGGGAGCCUCCCAGAGACGCCGACGUAUCCUUUCUCGGUGAAGCCCGACGCGCCUGUGACGCUCAAUGCCGUCAUGGAGCUGCUCAAGGACCAUUACGAAGGCACGCCGUACGACAUGACCAAGGGCGUAGCGGCCGGGCCCUUUGGGUCGCCCUUGCGCUACGACUCGCCGGCUCACGGCGUGUCGGGUGGGUGGGAGCGCUCGAUCUCAAUGCACCGCACGCUCUACAGCUUUGUCCACCAAGUGUUUCCAGGCAAGGCGUCACCGGGUUUCAUUUGGUAUGGCCAAGGCGCUCCCCACGGCACCGUAUACAUUCCGUUCUCAAGUGCGCAGACGUCGGUGCCCACGCCGUAUCUGCUCGGCACACAGAGCCGCUUUGAUCCUGGCAGCCUCUGGUGGGUCCACGCGUUCGUCAACAACUGGUGCGCGCUGCGCUUCGACGUGAUGAACGCCGACGUCCGGCGCGUCGCUCGUAAACUCCAGGAAUCGCUACUGGCGACGGCGCCAACGAUUGACGCGCAGGCCUUUGCCUCUUGGCAACACACGGCCGCCGACAACCUGCUGCGCGAGUGGUGGGCGCUCGCGUGGCGCCUUGUGAGCACCUACAGCGACGGCUACGCCACGACGGGCGAAGGUCCGAACGAGAUGCGUGCGAUUGGGUACCCUGCGUGGUGGCUCCAAGCCACCGAGUAUCGCGAGUGGCCAGACCAGUCGUUCCAGCCGCCACCCACGACGCAGCUGGAGACAUCCUCGGUGGUGAUAUCGAGGAUGCUAUGCGUGGUGUACGGCGGCGUCGGCCUCGUCCUUGGGAUGGUUCUCAUGUACCGUCUCCAGACAAACCGGCGGCUGCACUAUCUGCGGCUCGACUAAGUUCUUAAAACGCCUGUGCAAUAUACCAACACGAAGAUUGCUGCA